CUUGUAAUAAGAACGCACAUACAAAUAUCUGUAUCUUACAUGGCAUGGCCUGUCUUAUAACGCAUAAAAUCUGUCCGUUUGCUUGAUUUAGCGCAUUUACCCAUUGACUAUGGAUUAAAGCCUUCAGGACAAUAGAUGUAAUACCAAAAAGACCUAUCACUUGCCUUUAGAGGAUGCGGCCUUCAACUGGUGCCCUCAACAGGCGCCCGGCGACCGUUCGUGCAUCGCAAGCAGCCUGGGGCACGAGUAGUCGAAGCUCAAAGCCUAAUCAGCAUCCACCAUUGUCCUACAGCAUCAACCGCCGCGAUAUCAUGGGGGCGGAUCUUGGAAUGCUGCUUGCGGCCUGCCGCGCCGAAACCAUGGAAGCCGGACCGCCCCUGUGCCGCCAAAACUACAGCUAUUGGACUUCUCAAGCAGGCCUCCGCCACGCCGCCAAGCUGGAGCUCGCCCUCCGCCGCAGCGUCGCCACAGUCGCCUGCUUCACCACGUGGGAUGUGUACGGCAACGUGGGGGCAGCGGCGCUGACACGUACGACAACUGUUGGUGCUGCUACUACCGGCUGCAGCGCUGCCAGUGGCGCUCGCGAAGGGGCUGUGAGGGGUGCGGAGGUGGCAGCGGAGGAGGUGGGGUUGGCGGAGUUGCAUGUAGAAGAAGGCGGCGGUCGGUCCCAGCAGCCCGAACCAUCAUCAUCAUCAUCAUCACCAUCAUCAUCACCAUCACCCAGCGCCCCCUCACACGCACUCGGCUGCUCGGGGGGCAGGCGGAAACCGCCCACACCACCCGGUGUUCCCGAUAUGGAUUGGAACUGGCUGCUGCCCGCCAGCGGGGCUGGUGAUGCGGGCGAACACUGCCAGUGCAGCAGCAGCAACGGCGGCAGGAGCAGCUGGAGCAGCGAAACCAAUAGCAGCAGCAAUAGCAAUAGUAGCAGUAGUAGCAGUAACAGCAGCAAUAGCAACAGCGGUGCAAGCCGACCGGCCUUGUCAUUGCCGUUCUCCUCCCCCUCCGCCUCCUCCUCCUCCUCCAGCCCUCCUCGCAAGAGUCUGGUGGGCUUUGCCCGGGCCACCGGAGACAACUCCCUGGUAGCCACCGUGUACGAUGUGGCGGUGCACCCCGCACUCCGCGGUCGGGGCAUCGGCGGCCGGCUGGUGAAGCUGCUGGUGCAGCAGGUGCAGACGCGCGCGGUGUAUGACAUAGGGGUGGUGACGCCGGCGGGGGCGGAGGGCUUUUGGGCGCGGUGCUCCUUCGAGGACGACCGCGAGGGGUCCACCUUCAUGAUCUUCACGGGGCGGCGGUGCAGGGGGCAGCAGGAGGUGCAGCAGGAGG